AUGGCAGCGCGGGCGGUGGCUGCGGCUCGGGCGGCCGCCGAGGCUUCAGUGUGCCGUGUGGCGGCUCUAACGGAACCUGUGGUCUCAUGGACAGCCGCCUGCUGCUAUUGCAACAGUCCAUGGGCUUCAGGUCUUUACGGCUCACAUGAUCCGGAUACCCGACCUGGCGAAGGGAAGGAGCACCGGCGGCAAGGCAUGUCCCUGGACCAGAGCACGACUCGCCGACGCCUCGACGGCCACGCCAGCGACGACGAGCACGCCACCACGCGGGCGCCACUCGUGCGGUCUGAGCGGCUGUCGGCGCCUGCGCGUCUGAGGCGCAAGGAAGGCGGGAGGUGCGGACUGGAUUCGCAGGCGCAGUCGCCACAGCCGCGACACCAGCCGGAGGGCUGUUUCCACGACGUCUGGCAGACAGAGGACGCAGCCGGCGGGGAGUCGGCCGAUUUGGCCCUGGCGCACGCCGCAACCGAGAUCCCGCAAGUCGUAGUCGACGAAUGCAGCGCCGACGACCGGGACAACCUGUCCGACGCGUCGCUUGCGGAGGCUAGCGAUACGAUAUACGAGGAAGCUGUGGCCAGCUUGGCCGAGGAAGAUGGCGGGAGCUGCGUGGGCGCGCUGGCCGAGGACGCGGCCUCCGUCGCCAGCAGCGGCAGCCGCCGCUGGUCCCCCGGCGAGGUCAACCUCGGCUUCGAGGACACCGAGCCAGACCUGCGCUACGUCGACAUCUCGCGGCCCGACGCCGACCACCUGCCCUGGGCAGCAGUAGUCGCAGCCAGCGGCCGCACUCCAUCGCAGUACCGGCCGACGGGCUGCAGCGGCGAGAUCCGCUGCGCGCCACCGCGCCUCACCGCCACACGCUCUGGCAGCGGAGACAUCGACUGGAGCUGGGUGUCCGGCGAGGAGGAGCGCCAGCGGCGGGCGUCGAUGCGGCGCGUGGAGCCGCUGCAGCAGCCCGCUCUGCUCGCGCACCAAGCGCCGCCGCCCGCAGACUUCCCGCGCAGGUACAGCACGAGCGCGGUGGGGCGGCGGCUGCAGAGCCUGGGGCACCGACCCAGCGCCAGCUCCUCCUCCUCUUCCAGCACCGACUCCGCCCCGGAGAAUAGCCCGCAGCACGCACCCGAGUCCCAGGACAGGACUGGGUCUGGCAGAGGUGGGCGCAGCAGCGGCCAGGGCUGCUGGCCGCACGGGCUGAGCUGCAUGUUCGCCACCCUGGGCUGCACGCUCGGCCUCUUCAACAUCAGCCGCUUCGCAGUCUUCAGCGUCCAGUUCGGCGCAAAUUUUAUACUGCAGUUCAUGUUCCUGACUCUCAUCCUCGGCAUACCCCUGCUUACUGUCCAAGCGUCCCUGGGGCAGUAUCUCAAUGCCGGAAUCAUGGACAUGUGGAGAAUCUCUCCAAUUUUCCAGGGUGUCGGUGUAGCACUGUUAGCAUCACAAGCUUUAAUUGGAAUCUACAGCAUAGUUGGAGUGUCAUGGAUGUUCAUCUACUUCCGUGACUCAUUUAUAACUAAACAGGACCAGUAUCCGUGGGCUGUUUUUGAACAAUAUCGUCAAGAACCACAAAUAAAUGGUACUCACAAACUUGAAGAAACAGUACCUGACUACCUCAAUGGAAUGGUCCUUCAAAGACAAAGUCUUGUCUCUCCAGAUCCUUCAUUUGGGCACCUUAAAUUCCAAGUUACAUUCAAUUUGGCUGUAGUAUGGAUGAUAGUAUUUGUUUCUUUAAGCAAAGGCCUUAAAUCAUAUGGCAAAGUUGUUUAUGUCUUCUCAUUGUUUUCUGUUCUUGGGAUGUUGAUACUUUGCACAAAAAUUCUUGGUCUAACAAAUACUUCAUCUGGACAUAAGGUUUUCCCAGAAACAGUAUGGAGUGAAUUUUUCAUUAACACAAAGUGCUGGGUGGCUGCUACAACAGAGGUUUUCUAUACAUGGGGUUUGCUGGGAGCUGCUGUUAUGCAGAUUACGUCUCAUAAUCAGCACAAACAUCUCCUUCAUCGAGACAUCAGCAUUGUUAUUAUUGUCACACUUGCAGUUUUACUGCUCUCAGCAUUCCUUGCUAACACUUGUGUUGAACUGCUAGCAGCUAGUGGCUACACCUACAUUCCAAGUUCAUUUGAACAAUUAGGAACUGUGACAUUCCUUCAAGCUGAAGGUGCACCACCGCAUCCAAUAUUUGCAAGAACACCUGUGCGCUACAUGUCUCAUAGCAUAUUUAUACUUGGGUCACGUGUUCUGCUUCCUGGUAUGGAUUCAGCAAGGGAAAGUGGUUAUCAAGUGCUGAGACUAGCAACAGAGCUAGCACCAGCAACAUUUGCACUUAUGGGCUCUGAACGAGUCUCACCUUUUUGGGCAGUGCUCUUUUAUUUUGUUUUGAUAACAUUUGGAAUUGCUCAACAGCUGGCCAUAUGGCACUGUGUAAUUACAGGAAUAACAGCUAUAAAAUCAUCCAGCCUUAAAUCAUGGGAAACAACAAUUACAUUCUUUAGCUGUGCCUGUGGAUUUGUUCUUGGAUUGCCCAUGACCACAGAGCUUGGAAUAUUUGUUGUCUACUUCAUGGACUUUGUUGUUGGCUCUGGGUGGUGGAUUAUGGUGCUUUAUCUCCUGCAAAUUGCAGCUGUUUUUGUGGUACGUGGUCGCCCAUACAGUGGAGAGAGUGUUGUCUCAACAUUGUUUACGAAAGGCUCAGGAUGCUUACAAGUAUGGGCUGGACCCAUGCUUGUUUUUACUUGGAAUGUUAUUCUGCCAGUGGCACUAAUGGUUCUGUGCAUCACAAUUUUUAAAAAUGGUCGUUAUCGUGAAAUGUAUAUCUGGCACAAUACAGGUCAUGAUUACUGGCCAUUGUGGGUGAGGGAAAUCGGAUCACUAAUGCAGAUUCUUCCAUUGUUAGCUGGCCCUCUGGUGGCAGUGAUACAGAGUUGCCGCUACCUUUCUGGUGGUCCACCAGAUCUCUUUGAUAGAAUCCGGUUACUUUACCGCCCACCGGUAGAUGCAGAAGAGGGUCAUGACAGUACCCAUUCUACAAAUAAUGUUAACACAACUAGCACUACCAACAUCAUAUCUUCACCUGUGCAAGAACCAGCUUUUGAGGAUCCACCACCUAAAUAUACUCCUCCACCAUCAUAUACUACAGCAACUGGAGCAAGAAUUGCAAAGCUGUUAAGGCAAAGCUUCCGACGUAGUGUGCGCAGAAUCACACAAGCUCUGACUGACAGCAGCAACACCUCUGAGUUCCCUGCCGGACCAAGGUCAUUAGCAGCUGCAGUAACUGCAUCAUCCAGUAACAGUCAAGCCCCACCACCAGAUUAUGCUGCUGUUCUUGUGGAGAUGAACUGCCCUGUUAAUAGUGAGGCAAACAUGAACCCCUCACAGUCCACCAUGACAGCUGCCGAAGUUGUUAGUGUCCUCAGAAGCAGUGUUCGAAGGCCAGUGCCGCGAUCCCAGCAAGAUAAUGUUGAACCUGCAAAGGUGGAACGGCAUUCAACUUCUCUGAUAUGAUACCAAAGAUGUGGUCUCAGUAACAUUAUCUGUGUCUCUUCAGACUUUUGUGUGUGUGUGUGUGUGUGUGUGUGUGUGUGUGUGUGUGUGUGUGUGUGUGUGUGUGUUUUCUUUUUUUAGCCAAAUUUAGAUUAACUAAAAUUACUGUCAUCUCUUGUACCUUCAUUGUAUUGAUAACUGAUUUAUAAUUCAGAUAUCAGUGUGUACUGAUAUAUGUGGAACAUAUAGCAAAUGUCAGUGUUUACUGAAAGUUCAGUCUUGGAGGACAUUCACAGACUGUGUGUGUGUGUGUGUGUGUGUGCGUGUGUGUGUGUGUGUGUGUGUGUGUGUGUGUCCCAUUCACUGAUAUUUUAUUAUGGAUUUUAUCCAUGUAUUGUACUUUUGGAAAAAUUAUGCGAUGAUGCGAAAAUGAUUUGUAAUAAAACAUAAAUUCUUACUGGA